AUGCAGAUGCAUAACGAUAGUGUUAAAGCACUCGAUGUGAGGCGUAUGCAGACACCCAUAGAUACGAGGCCUCACUAUAUAGUACGGCGAUAUGCGGAGCUCACAUGCGCAUUUCUUGUUGUUACGGAAUCGAGUGGGCGAGAGGUUGGACAGAAGAUGGAGGCAAUUCUAGAGUCUUGCGAAGAUGCCGUCGAGCAGUUACUGCUGCGUAUGUCAGCAACACUACCGUCUCCUCGCGAUCGGCUCGUAUUCCUCAUAAAUAAUUAUGAUUUAACACUAAGCAUAAUCGAUGUAAACAAGCUCACUGCAGUGGUACAAUCAUUUUCUGCUAACUGGCGUCGCUCCAUCGAUGCUAUCAACGGCGAAGUGGUGAAGUCAUUCACAAAUUUCAAGAAUGGGACCAACAUUUUGCAGGCAGUUUUUACCCAGUUGGUGCAAUAUGUCCAAAGAUUUACUAAACUAGUCUCUCAUGAAAUUUUCCGAGACAAUCCGGCUCGCAACGACAUGGUUAAUAUUCAUCAUAUCUUGGUAGAACUGAAGAAGUACAAACCAGUGUACUAA